AUGGAUUUAAGAACUAUAAAAGAGGAGUUAAGUUUCUUAAAAGAUACCAAAAGCGGGCUUGAAUUUUUAAGUGCGGAAUAUGAUAGAAUGAAAAAAGAAUUAAAAACGUCAGAAGAGCACAUAAAGUCGCUCUUAGCUGAAAACAGCAACUUACAUACAAAAGUGAACGAAUUAUCAAAUAGACUUGUUUUACUUGAGCAAUACUCGCGUGAGACGAAUAUUGAAGUGAAUGGUGUUCCGGAAAGUAAGACUGAGAACUUAAUUAAUGUUGCCAUACAAAUAUGCAACACUGUAUCUAUUUCUACCGAUGUCAUCGAACCAGCUACCUGUACCAGAGUUAGGAAGAUGAAUGAAUCAAAUAAGAGGCCUCGCGCAAUUACUAUAAAACAUCUUUCAGUAAAAACUUGUGAUGAGAUACUAGCACCGGUAACAAAAUUUAAUAAAAAGAACGCAUCCAAUAAACUAAACACAGGACAUCUGGGAUAUAUAUAA